UUUACUACCACCCGUCACAUUUAACGAAUAGCCUUCAAACGCGUUAUUUGCCACUACGAAAGUCGCAUGAGCUGAUACCGCAGUGGAGAAUUUUGUUCUUGUGGCCUGUGAGUUUCCGUGGCUAUCUGUCUGGCCUACCGAACGAGAACGCCUAACUUACAUGGUUAUCCUUUUGUAGCUUUUGAUUAUUACAGGUAGCUGCACGCUGGAGUCAUAUGUGCUUAAAAUACAACCGGUGGGGACACGGUUACGUGCAUAUAUGGGUUCAAGUAAGAGUCUAGAUGAAAAUGCAGCUGAUCAUGUAUCUAAUUAGUCUCCAUCAGGUGAUGUGUGUCUGCAGGAGAAAAGAAAGGCGCACAGACAGUAGCGGUCACUGCAUGUCAAAAAGAGCCUAGGCUUUUCUUGUUCUUUUCUUUUUUUGUGCAAUGCAUGCUUCAAGUACAUACACACCUAGUGUCACACAAACUACAGCCCCAUAGUUUGCACCAGGUCAUGUAAAAUAAGUGUGUUGUUAGAGGUAAAAGUGGGGAAAAUACGCUUGGGCUUCCCAGUUUAACUAUUUAAAGUUUUAAAUAAGUGGACUUAAAUAUUCCCUGUAAAAUUAAUAUAGUUUGAACUGUACCCCCUUCACUUUUGCCCAUUUUUCCCCAUCAUUUGCCAUUUGUGAUUAUAGACACCAGCUAUCUGUGGGCAGUGAUAUAGCUUUUGGUGCUGGAACUCAUUUCAUAUAGUACCUAAACAGCUUGGCUGAGUAUUUAUGUGUUUAUUAUGUGAAACUCUUUCUUCAACUGCGGUGUAAUAUUGGGUAAGAUAGAAAGGGUUAAUGAAAACUUAGGGUGCUCCAAGGCAUUCAGGAAGGAUCUUCUCAAGCUCAACAGUUUUGUAUACAACUGUUUGCACUGUUUUGAUUAGGAAAUCAGGCUUUCAGUAUGACAAAGUAGCGUGUGUUAAUUGGCCAACAAUCCAGAUUGAGAUUUGCAGUUCAGUGUAGACGCCUGAGUCGGUACAAGUCAUUAUGAAAACCCAACACGGCAUGUUUUAUACACAAUUUCAAUUUUCAAACUGGUAGAAUGAAGCCACGCUUCGAUAGCCUUUUGCCUUACACCUCCUUGUGGCUGUUUAAUCCACAGACUCUUGACAUGGGGAGUAAAAUGUCCUUCAACAGAGGAGGCAGUGACCAAAAUACAGUCUCUGAAUUUACUUCUGUGACACCUGAUCCUCGCAGUCCCAUUCAUGACCCUUCGGACUGUAAGCAGAUUCCUGAACAUAAGACACGCAGUGAGGAAAACCUGGACUCGAGAUGGGGAGACGGACUGAAAGCAGCAGAGCGGGAUCGGGGCGCCCUCGAAUCCCAGUCGCCUGGGCGCCUGGAGUCUGAUGGCCGAGUCAACUCGGAAACAGUUGGGGGAACAAAUUCUCGACUGAGUGAACACUUGUCAGCGCAGGUAAAAAUGGAAGCAGAGUCUCAAAUGACCCCUGGGAGCCUUUGCAGCUCCACAACUGACCAUCAAGGGAAGCCCAAGGAGGUCCACAGAAGACGCGGGAGGCCUCGUAAAAUGGGGCCGCGGCGGAUCGGGGGCAAAAGGGGCCCGGACACCGCCGAGCUCGAUGCAGUUCAACACAAGGAGGUCAGCACCACCAUACCUUUGCCAACCCGUCUAGAAAACCACAACAGUGAGGGUUCGCCUAACGCCGCAGAUGAUCACUUAAUUAGUAAUUCACAUAAUAAUGUGAUGUCCGGAGUUUGUGCUGUCCCGGAUGACAAAGUAGAAGGUGGUGCCCCAUUGCUGCCAAGAAAAAAAAGAGGUCGGCCAAAAAAAACAGCUUUUCAGAGUAUAGCUUCUGAGGCUGCUGCUGCCAGGACUCCAGCGUCUUCUACUCGUGCCAUGAAUUUUAGUGGCCCUGCACGGAGACUCAGGAGUAGAGGGGAGCAGCAUCCCUCAGAAGAAAAGUCCCCGAGCAUGGAAGGCCUCAAGCAAAGUGAACAGACUCCCGUAGGAAGUAUAAAGACAGACAGAUUUGAAGGUGUCAAAAGAAGAAGGCAUAAGGUGCACCCUGAUCUGCAAAUUCCAGCAAAGGUGUCCCAGCUGGAAGAGUCCCAAGAGGCCUCUUUAGUGUUGAGCAAUGACAGAGAUUGUGUGGGGAGAGCAGAUGCAGAUAAGCAGGUGGAACUGAACGCUGACAAACAAGAGACUGACACGGACGGAAAAAAGGUCUGCCAGGUUUCCCUGCAGUGUGGUGAAGGACAAGAGCAGCAGACACAACAUAAAGACAGUGAUACGUUGCCACAAAAUAAUUGCCCACCAGAACUUGACUUGGUUCUUUCAGACGGAUGUAAAACCUUAGACUUGGUAAGUCCUGCUCAGACUGAUUAUGCUCAAAUAAAGCAGUCAAAGGACAUUAAUGUCAGCGAGGAGUCACAGUCAAAAACCCCUGAUUGCUUAGGGAUCACAAAUGCAGAGUUGCAGGCGGCAGAGCCCUCAAUGACAGAUACAGUAACAUGCUCUAAACAAACACCUAAAACUGUUGUGAAGAGUGAGAACGUAGAGAUGGAGCUGGAUCAUUUAAAUCCCGUGCCACAGUCAAGUAUUCCCAAAUCCAAUCAGUGCACUGCCAAAACCACAGUUAAAUCUGAGAGCCCAAACCGUCAGCGAAACACUUUUAGGUGCAAGAAAGGCGGUAAGAGAAAGAGGAGGAUAAAAAAUGUUUUGUUACAGAAAGACCAUCUUUUAGAGAGGCACGAAGCAAGCGUCGACACGAAGGAAGAAACCAGCUGCGUUGACGUGGAUAAAAACGUCGGCUCAGAUGUCGACGCGGAGAUCAUUUAUACUAAAAGAGGGAAUAAAACACUGUUGAAAUGUAGUUUCUGUGGUCGUACAUUUAAGUUCCUGUCUCAAUUCGUAAUUCAUCAGCGCAUUCACACUGGAGAAAGGCCUUUCAAAUGCGAUGAGUGCGGCAAAGGUUUUAGCAAGAACUCAAACCUAAACCUCCAUCUCAAGACGCACAGAAAGAGUAACAUGUAUCAGAAAUGUCAGCAGUGCAAGAUUAAAUUCUCUUCCGCCGAGUACGCCUCUCACAUGGAGACGCAUGCGCUAGAGCUGCACCAGGAGGACAAGAACAACAACUAUGAAAGACGGCGCGUAGCAGGCGUCUACGAAAACAGCCGUGAACUUCAUAAAGCAGUCGCGCCAGUGAAGAAAGAAAAAAAGGUUUGCCAGUACUGCGGUAAAACGUUCCCCUUUCAGUCCGCCCUCAUAAGACAUGUCCGCGUCCACACGGGAGAGAAGCCCUACAAGUGCGACAUAUGCGGCAAAGCUUUCGGUCAAGCCUAUUUCCUCCGCGUUCACGAGCUCACACACUGGUCCGUGAAGCGCUACAACUGCACUCGCUGCGAAAAGUCCUUCGCUCACUAUAGCAAUGCAAAGAAUCACACAUGUAGGCCCCUAGGGAACGGUGAGGAUUUACAACUCAACAGACCCAUGAAGCCUUCACUAACCUACACAUGCCACAUCUGCAAGAACGUUUUUGACCAUCUGCAGGAGUUCAACAGCCACAUGAGAGACCACACCGGCGCAAAGCUUUAUCGCUGCUUGUAUUGUGACAAGCUUUUCGGUGUGCUGUCUGAAUUUAACAACCAUCGCAGUCAGUGCAAAGUAGAAAGAUAUAAUUCCAACGCUCCGAUAAAGGAGGAAGAGACCAUGUCGUUGAUCGAGUACAUAGUGCCCGGUGGUAGGUGGGCUGCGGGACACAAUUCAGGUUCAAUCUCGGCCGCAAAUUGCGAAACUAGGGCAACGCAAUCGGAGUCGAGCCACAAGAAAAUCCCCGCCAACUUAAAGAAGCCGUUCCAGUCCGUUAUACCCGCUCACCAUCUCUCGCACCUCGUGUCAAAGUUAAACCAGCUAGAUAAUAGGUCCGACCCCAGGAAAUAUCUGUGUCCGAGCUGCGGGCGGCUGUUCAGGCACAUGGGCAGGCUCCGAGCCCACAUGCUCACGCACUCCCCGGGUCAGAGUUACACCUGUGCCUGUUGUGGCAAGACGCUCGGAAAUUGGCAGAAACUGUGGCACCACCAGAGAAUCCACCGUCAGAGACGUGGGCGCUUCACUUGUCCUCAGUGCGGGAAAGGCUUUCGGUUCGUUGCGGUUUAUAAAAAACACAUGAGCGAGCACCCGGAGUUCCAGUGGGUUCAAGUCAGGCCUAAGAAAGUGUUCCUGCCUUAUCAGUGUGACCAGUGUAGAGACAGCUUUAAGACUCUAGACAUGCUCUUCAGCCAUCAGCUCUGCCAUUCCUCCUAUCAAGACAUACACAAGGACUCUGAUUUUGAUUUAUUCUUAGAUGAUCAUAACACCCAGGCAAACAAGAAAAUGCUUGGUCUUCCCAUGGACCACGACAUAGAAAUGUCUUACACCUUCCCAGAAGGAAACGACUCCCCUCUAAACGCCUUAUCCAAACAUCCAGACCCAGUUAGUCAAGAGUCAUCUCUAGUGCCCAUGAUCCCUGUUGUACAUAGUCCGACUCCUGACUUGGGUAAUUCUUCCCAGCAUCCCAGUCCACAUCCCAGGGCGCAUUUGAGUGAAGAAAGACAGGCAGUUUGUGACAGAAUAUACAAAAAUGUACCUGGAAGAUCCGUUACACCAUUAAGAACUGUGAAAAGUCCGAGCAUUUCAAACGAAGGGUCUUCAGAUGGUGUUAAGUGCGCAGUUUGUGGAAGUGCGUAUCCAACCAUUUCAGACCUUUUCAACCAUUAUUUGGAGCAUGCGAGAGGCCAAGUGUAAAAACCUUUAAUGGAAACAUGGUGGGCCUUUGGAUAUGUGCAUCAAUACAUUGGACAGUGUUUGUAGCCCUUAAAUAACCAACAUUAAAAUGUUGAUAUUCGCCUGGAAAACUUGAGGAAGGUAUAAGGAAUUGGAAGAUUUGUUUAUCCGUGUAUGUUGAAAUUUGUUGUGCUUGUGUUAGCAGCUUCAGAUAGAAACCACUGACCUUCCAGGUUCUGUAAUUCCAUUUUUGACACUUUAAGAUGAACGGAAUAAAUAGUAGAAGGUACUACAUCCCAGUUUGAUGCAGAUGGAUUGUGCCAAAGUGUACUGCAGCUCAAGAUUUGUUUUUUUUUUUUUAUAUUGAGUGCAUUGAUGUUUAAACCUACGCGGCCUUUUGUAAUAAUAUAAUUGGCUUUAUGGCAGUUCUUAUGGGUAAAGAAACUUUACCAACAGAUGAACGGUAUAACUAAUUAAGUUCAAAGGCGAAUGUUCAGCAACGGUCAAACAGUUUUACCUCAUCGUGAGGCCUUUAUUUAAUUUAUAACCACUACAUUUAAGGUAAAAUGGUGCAGAUAUUUUUAUACCCUAAAGUCAAAACUGUCAACAGAAGACUGAUUUCAAAUUCAUUUUGGUCUUCAGCAAGGACAUGUAUCAGCACUCAGUAUUUACUUUUCAGACGUGAAUGUCACCUUUGUUCAUGCUUGUCACAUUGUGGACUCAUUCUGAAAUUGUGUGACAAAAACACAUUCUUAAACUGUUUUACCAAGCAUGUUAUUAUUGUUCUCUGCUUUUGGAUAAGACAACACUUUCAUCCUUAUUAUGAUGGAAUGGAAUUAUCAAGAAGUUAAAAUCAAAAAACAAAAAAACAUUUCAAAAGGUGUUUCAAAGAAGGAUGCAUUGAUCUGUUGUAGAUAAUACACUAUAGUUUGUCUUAAAAUUAAUAAAGUCACUUUUUUAUUCAUA